UGCCCAGGGUACCCCCAAGUUGUCCCCAAGAUGUCCCCAGGCUGUCCCCAAGAUGUACCCAGGGUGCCCCAAGUUGUUCCCGAGCUGUCCCCAGGCUGUCCCCAGGAUGCCCCUGAGAUGUCCCCGAGCUGUCCCUGAGCUGUACACAAGUUGCCCCCAGCUGUCCCCAAGCUGUACCCAGGGUAUCCCCGAGCUGUCCCCAUGGUGCCGCAGGGCUCAGGACCAUCCCGGCCCCACCUGAGCUCAGGGCUUGAAGUCCCCCCCAGCACGGCUGCUGUGUUUGUGCCGCUCAGACAGUGCCCAUCUCACGGUAAUGAUUUUAAUUCAGUAUUUAUGAUGAGCCUGUUAAUAAGAGCAGCGAUGGAGAGAAAAAGCAGAGCCCGGGAUGGAUCACCCAGCGCUGCAGCGUGCGAGCGAACCAUCCUCCCAAUGAGAGCCCCAUUUCCCCUCCGGGUGCUGCCUCCAGUGACGAGCUAAGGACAAAAAAUGACGGCAGCCACCGUCCCCAUCCACGCUGCGUCCUUGGAGCAGCCGGGGCCGUGCUUCUUCCUGUAUUUAUCCAGCCCUGCAAGGUGCAGCCGUGCCCCGCCAGCUCUCACGCGCUGUUUGCUCUUGUUGUCAAACCGAUAUUAUUUUUGGAAGAAGAAACCCGUGUCAACACGGCGCGGUGCUGCUGGAGGUGACCUGCGGCCACGCUGUCCCCAUCCAUCCCCACCCGCCCCUGUGCCCCGCAGCCGAGCCUGUUCUCUCUCUCCCAUCUCACGCCAUCCAGGCUCGGCGUUGCCAAAGCUCAUUUCCCAGCAGCGCGCUCCGUCCGUGCCCCGUUCCGUUGCCCGGGUGCAUUUUUCAGCCUCUCCCCGCGUGCCUGGGCGGGCUGCAGCGCGCAGUCCCCGGCCCCAGCGUCUCUGUGGGAUUCCUGCAGCGCUCCGACAAGCCCGGGGCUCUCCUCCAAGUGGGACAGCCCUGCGAGGCCGCUCCCAGGGAAAGCGAUGCCAGCGGCUCCGGGGAAGACAUGUGCUCCUUGUUAUCCCAGAGGUAAACAUGGGAGUGGGAGGAGGAAAACAAACGCUUCCCAAGAAAUGGACGGGCUGUUACCACCACGCGGUGCGUUCCUGCUGCGGAGCUCGGGGAAAAGAAAAACCCAGCAAGCCCAGCCAUUUUCCUGUGAUUGCUAAAAUAUCCCAUCGGAGGCAAGCGCUGGUUGAGAAGCCCGAAGCCCACAUGGGUAUUUAAGGCUCCAUUAGCGCCAGGAAAACGGGCUCCAGGACGGCCCAAGCUGCGAUACCGAGCAGCAGGGGGAGGUUGGGAGCAGCCCCCGUGGGAGCACUGCUGCUCGUAACGCUUCGCCCCGUGAGCAUUUACCGACUGAUUGGUUGAGGUCCCGUGCAGAGCCAGGAGUUGGAGGCAAUGGUUCUUAGGGGUCUGCUGGGGAACAGAACCAAGCCGGCGCGUCGGAAGCGAAGGUGCUGUCACAAACCGCAGCUCGCCCCGCGCUGGAGUUUUGCCUCCGAGCAUAUUUCCUUGACGAAGUUCCUGUUACCAAAGGGAACUCGAGAAGCACAGCAAUGAAGAUGGGUGUGAGAGAAAGCGGUGUGCCCACGGGAAGCUGCUCAGCACCACCGCGCAUCGUUGGGUUUUGGGGACCAAUGGGCACUCGGGUGACCAUUGGGGUAUGGAUAAGGGAUGUGCCUGAGCCCUGCUUGGGCUGGAUCCAUGGUUGGUGGUUCCAAGAACCGUAGGAUCGUAGGAUCAGAGCACGGUUGGGUUAGAAGGGACCUCGCAGCCCCCCUAGCCCCACCCCUGCCAUGGGCUGGGUGUCCCCCACCUGAUCAGGAUGCCCAGGGCCCCAUCCAGCCUGGCCCCAUCCAAUCCAAUCCAACCCAACCCAACCCAACCCAACCCAACCCAACCCAACCCAACCCAUCACAGAAUGGGUUGAGUUGGAAGGGAACUUAAAGGUCAUCUGUUUCCAUCCUGAGGUAGGGAGAGGUCGGGCAGUUCUCCAUGGGAUCCCUCCAGCUGUGCCCAGCCCAAUCCUGGCUUUCUUUUUCUCUCAGAACCUGUGUAGGAUUUGGAGCCUGCAGCACCCACAUGGUUUUGGGCUGUGGGGUCCCAUCUCCGCAGCUGGGGCUCCCCCACAGACCGCCCCACAACUUGGGCUGCCACUGGGGCUCCCAAAUCAGCACUGGUACUCAGCAUGCAUCGGGGCUCCUGCCAUGAGCCUGGGAUUCCCACAUCGGCACCGGAGUUUGCCGUGCAUGAAGUCUCCAAAUCAGCACUGGGGCUCACCACGAGCCCAAGGUUCCCAAAUUUGCAUUGGGGUGUGCCAUGUGUGAGGGCUCCCAAACAACUUCAAGGCUCGCUGUGACAAGUAUGAGGCUCCCAAAUCAGCAUCAGGGCUUGCUGUGAGCCAAGGGCUAUCAGAUCAGCACUGGGGCUCCCAAAUCAGAUUUAGAUCUCACUGUAGGCUCCUGCAAAAACACCAGUACUGGGGCUUGCUGUGAGCCUGGGGCUCCUACAUAAGCACUGAGACUUGCUAUGAGCCCAGGGCUCCCAAAUCAGCACUGGGGUGCUCUGUGUGUAGGAUUCCCAAAUCAGCACUGGGAUGUGCUGUGCAUUGUGGCUCCCAAAUCAACAUCUGGGUGUGCCGUGUAUCGGGGCCCCCAAAUCGUCACUGGGGCUCACCAUGAGCCCGAGGCUCCCAAAUUGGCACUGGGAUGUACCAUGUACCAAGGGUCCCACAUCAGCAUCAGAGUGCUCUGUGCCUUGAGGCUCCAAAAUCCACAAGGAGUAGUAUUAUGGCUCCCAAAUGAGCACCACGUCAUGGCUUCCAAGUCAGCACUGGGGCUCCCACACCGGCACUGGCACUGGGAAUUGCAAUGAACCCGGGCUCCUAAAUGGGCGCUGGGGCUCCCCACGAGCCCAGGGUUCCCGGAUCAGCAUUAGGGCUCGCCGUGUCCCGAUGCUCCCAGACCAGCACCAGGACUCUCCGGCAGCAGAGGACCCACGCUCAGCACCGGGACGUGCCGCGCACUGGGGCUCCCAGCCCGGCAGCGGGAUGCGCCGUGCGUCGGGGCUCCCCGACCAGCGCCGGGGGUCCCCGCGUCCCCACGCUCGCAACCCAUCACCGGAGCCCCCGGGCGGCCCCUCCCGCCCCGCACAUCCCUUCCCCGCCGCCCCCGGGGACGCGGACCCCUCGGAGCUGCAGCCCGGCCCCGGGGCGGAGCGGGGCGGGGCGUUGCGGGCGGCGGGCGGGCGGCGACGGCAUUCGGGCGGCGGCGGAGGGAUGAACGGGACGGGCCGGGAGCUGUGCGGGCACGGCGAGGCGCUGGCGGCCGGAGCUCGGCCGCUGGUCAGCGCGCUGAUGUUCUCGGCGGGGCUGCUGGGCAACCUGCUGGCCCUGGGGCUGCUGCUGCGCUGCCGCCGCCCGCCCCGCGCCCGCCCGCCGUCCCUGUUCCACGUCCUGGUGCUGGCCCUGGUGGUCACCGACCUGCUGGGCACCUGCUCCGUCAGCCCCUUCGUGCUGGCCUCCUACCACCGCAACCUGACGCUGAACGCCCUGGGGAGGGGAGGCCACAUCUGCCUCUACUUCGGCUUCGCCAUGAGUUUCUUCGGCCUCGCCACCAUGCUCGUCCUCUUCGCCAUGGCGCUGGAGCGCUGCCUGGCCCUGGGGCGGCCCUACUUCUACGAGCGUUUCCUCAGCCCCCGCGCCGGCCUGGUGGCCCUCCCGGCCAUCUACACCUUCUCGGCUGCCUUCUGCUCCUUGCCACUGAUGGGCUUCGGGCGCUACGUGCAGUACUGCCCCGGCACCUGGUGCUUCAUCCAGAUGCGCGUGGACGACGGGCGGCACAAGGCGGCCGGUUUGCACGUCACCUUCUCGUUGCUCUACGCCACUUUGCUCCUCUUCCUCAUCCUCUCGGUGCUGCUGUGCAACCUCAGCGUCAUCGCCAACCUGGCCCGCAUGCAUCGGCGCGGGCAGAGGACGCGCCGGCUGGCCGCGCUCGAGCAGCCGCGAGUGGCGGGGGGCUGCGGCCGCCGCAUCUUCUCCAUGGCCGAGGAGAUCGACCACCUCCUGCUCCUCGCCAUCAUGACCAUCACCUUCGUCAUCUGCUCCUUGCCCUUCACGAUCUGUGCCUACGUCAACAAGUUCAGCCAGAGCGAGAACCACAACUGGGACCUGCUGGCGCUGCGGUUCCUCUCCAUCAAUCCCAUCAUCGACCCCUGGGUUUUUGCCAUCCUGCGGCCGCCGGUGCUGCGGGUCCUGCGGUCCAUGCUGUGCUGCCAGCUGUCCCCCAGCAGCCAGGAUGCGCAGAGCCCGGCCCCUGCAAAAGCAAAGCUGGAGCCCAGCAGGCAGUAGGUGCAGGAGGAGACAGCCAGCGGGCUGGGCUCACUUGGGGUGGGCUCUGUUUUCCGGCUCCAAAAGGGACGUCACUGCCGUGAGGUGGGACGGGGCUGCAGCCGGUGCCACGCAAAGCCAACGUGGGCAGGAGGUGCCAAUGGUGGGAUGGGACCGGAGCAUCAGGCAUCGCUAACGCCGUGGGGUGGGGCCAUUCGUGCACCAUGGAGGGCUGUGGUGGGGAUGCUGUUGAGGAUCUCCAUUUCAGGAUGGUGGAGAGGUGCGGGCGUGGGUGCGGGUCCCCCACCAGCGCCCAGCUCAGCAGGGAUGGGCAGGAGAGGAGGUGGCAGAGGGAGAAGGUUGGCCCCACUCCUUCCUUUCCCCUCUGUCCUCUGCCCAAGGAAAUGCACUGUAUCAGCUGUAGCUCUGUGUGUCUGUGUCUGUUUGUCCUGCUCCUGGCAACGUCAGGCUCCGGUUGGUGCCAGCCCAGCCUCGAUGGCCGCUGUGGCCACAUGGCCUCUCCCCAAUUCCCUUUUUGCAAGGAACUUUCCUUGACCCUCUUUGACCGUGCCCAGGGCUUUGGGUUUGGGGUUGGUGUGGAGGGGAAGGUCUCAUCCCCACAGUCCUUCCCAUGGGGAGCGGCCUGGUGGCACUCGUCCCAGUGUCCCCACAGCCAUUGGGAUGCUGCAGCAUCCCACCAAAGCGAUGUCUUCGUGCUAUUGCAGAUGGUGUGGCCUUUCUGUUGGAGAGCUCUGCCCCAAAAAAACCCAAACGGGCAGAGUUGUGGAGCUCUCCCAUACGGCAUCGGUGUAAAACCCCCGUGUAAUAAACGUCACUGGAAGGA